AUGCGAUCAAUGCUCCCUACACUUCAACAGCCCUUGCGGCUCUCAAUGGCUGCUCGCAACCCUCAGCUUCGCAUGAUCGCCGGCGGUACGCGUGCUUUCCAGACAACUCCCACUGGCAAGGCUGUUGCUGCUUCUAGGCAAGGACCCUACAUCAAGGGUACCGUCAACGACCCAACCACCUAUCCCGAGCCCAACCCCGCACAUGGAUCUAACCAUUGGGCUUUCGAGCGUGCUCUCUCUGUCGCACUCGUACCCCUCGUCGCUGUUGGUUUCGCCAAGCACGGCUCCUCUGCCAUUCUUGACGGCGCUCUCGCACUCACCCUCGUCGUUCACUCUCACAUCGGCUUCGACUGCAUUCUGGCCGACUACCUCCACAAGCGCAAGUUCCCCAUUGCCGGUCCCCUUGGGGCUUGGAGUGUUCGUGCUCUCACCCUUACAACUCUGUACGGUUUGUACGAGUUUAACACCAACGACGUCGGACUCUCUGAGUUGAUUGCUAAGGUUUGGACUGCUUAA